GCGAUUUAUGAAGGUUCUGCCCACGAAGACUUUUCAAUAAUCUUAAUUUAAUUUUUAAUAAAAAUUUAAAAAUAAAUUUAAAUAAAAAAGAGAGGAACCUUGCUGCUAAGUUUCCUAGAGGAUCUCUUCAUUUUGAAGUUUUGAAUGUGGGCUUUUUCAAAUUUUAUUACGGCUGAAAGCUACAGGAACCUUCAAACAAACGAAUCAGAAAACGUUGUUCUCUUUUGUUUCGUUGGAUAAAUACGAGAGCCGCAAUUUGUCUCAAAUUGAUUUUUUCUCUACACAAUACUCAGCAAAAACCAAAUUGGCAUGUCUUCAUCCCCAAGAAAAUGAUGUGUAUCAUGUAACGUGGUUCUGCCACGUGUAUCAAAUACCAUAUCUGAUUGGCACACGUCAUCAGCUACAUCACGUACUCCUCCCGAUGGCCUUAUUACCGUACAUUCGUUUCCUUCGUCCCCAAGCUAAGCUCCGCCCAAAUACAAAUAACAAAGUUGACAACUUCGGGAACAAGUCGAGUAGGUUCUUCACAAAUCAUCUCUCAACCACAACAUACAAAACCCUAGAAGAGUUUCUAGAACUUCACAGGUUUGAUGAGUUCGUUUUUUCUUCAGUUUUAAGACUCGGGAUUGCUUGUCAAGAAACGCUGAUUCAUUAUUUUGGUGGGUUUAGAUUUGAGAACAAUCUUGAAUAGGAAAAUCUUGGAAAUCUUUCAUGACUGAAAUGGGGGAUGCAGCCAAGGAGAGUUCUUGUUCAGGGAGUAGUAGCAACAGUAGGAAGAAAUUGCGGAGGAGACGCGGUGGUUGUGAAUCGCUGGAGGAUACACUUGAUAAAUGGAAGAAAAGAAAUAAACUUGGUGAAAUUCGUAAGCCUCCAUCUAAGGGCUCAAGAAAAGGUUGUAUGCGAGGAAAAGGCGGGCCGGAUAAUCAGAGUUGCAGAUAUAGAGGUGUUAGACAGAGAGUCUGGGGCAAAUGGGUUGCAGAAAUUCGAGAACCUGCCGGAAAGUUUAGCUUAUUGAAUGAUGCACGUGGGCAUAGACGUUGGUUGGGUACAUUUGCUACCGCCAUUGAAGCAGCUCAAGCUUAUGACUCUGCAGCGAAAGCUAUGUAUGGUUCUAAUGCCAUCCUUAAUUUCCCUGACUACAAUUCGGAAACUGAGUCUAGAACAACUUCAAAUAGUCGUGAUGAUAAUCAUAUUGAGAAAACGAAAAACCAUAGUUGUGGGGUUGGCGGAUUCAAAGAACAAAAUGGAAAAUCAAAGGAAGCAGAGAGCAUUUCAAGAUUGAAAGAUGAGGGAAGUAUUUCAAGAGCUGAUUACAGAUCUUCUACUGAUCUUGUUAAAGCUGAACCAAUGGUGAAAGGAACGAAAGAGGAAUUUGCAAGAGUUAUGGAAUCCCGUGGACAUUACUUGCAGAGUGAGAUGAAAAAUGUGAAAGCUGAAUUAAGCACUGAUUAUGAGUGUUCUAAUGAAAUAAAAGAAGAGCUUGGGAGAAGUAUGGAAUCAAAUCAACAUGAUGGGUUGAACAAUAUGCAUAUGCCAAUCUAUAAGGACGAUGAUUUGAGAAUUGAUUGUAAGCCCUUUAACGAUGUUGAGAAGCUGAUGAUGAGAAAAGUAAUGGAGGGAGAAGGGUCCAGUUACUGUAAUCCCCUCGAAGUUAGACAUGACAAUAUGAGCAUUGAUUUCAGAGACAUGAACUGCUAUCAGGAACUUGAUCUCAAGUGUGGCAUUAACUCUGCACUGCAAGCAGAGAGGACUUAUGACCAUGAUCACUUCCAAUUGGGUUCUGCAAAUUACCAGCAGAGCAAUCUUGCUUAUCAAUUUCAGAAGCAGAACCCAAUAGCUGAUCUUCUAGACUGCCAGAAUCAAACAGAAGAAGCAAAGGGAAGCGUGGAUUGUAGUUUCAACUUAUGGGAACCUGAGUUUAAUUGGGGUUCAAUGGAAGAGCUAGGAUUGAUGGAACCAUGGGAUUUUGGAUUCUAGCAAUUUUGUCAAAUGACCAUGAUAAGAAGCAGCAGAAACAUUAGUCAUACAGGAUCUGCUACAGUACUACCACCCUUUUUUCUUCAAAUUUUGGGAGAUCUCUGCUUAAUUACUUCCAUAUUAUUUGUGGAUAUUCCUUAAUCUUUAGGAAACAACUUCUUGUGUUGGCUGUUGGGCACUUUUCCAUUAAUAAUAUAAUUAUAUGUAUUCUUUCAAUUGCCAUUGGAUUGGGAUAUAGAUAUACACUUUGACUUCUUAGAAAGCAGAAGCUAGGCGGUUUUUCAGGUGAUAGCAAAGAUCAGAGUCUCUGUUCCCAGCUAGCAUUGGGGCUUUCUAAUUUUUAGGUCUCAGGCCUCUAUUUGUGCUGCUUUCUUUUGGAAUUUUUUAUUAUUUGAGUUUCUUGUACAAUAAAUAUUAAAAAUUUUAUUAUUUAACUUUUUAUAUUA